AUGUUUUCGUAAAAAUCCACCAUUAGCAAACCAGAAAAUAUUACUAUGGCUAAUAGAGACUCAGAUACAACUACUAAGGAUGUGACUCAGACUACUAGCUAGUAACAAGCUAAGAAGUAAUAUAUCACUCACAAAAAACUUUAUGAGAUCAAGGGAUAAAAUAAGAAUUCUGAGUAAAUCAGUCUACUUGUUUCAAUAGGCAACUAAUGUUUCUAGCUAGCUCCUCAGUUUAGGUUUGAAGGUAUUAAUGAGGGAAGAGAUAGGUAUAAGUGCAUCGUUGAGUUUUAGAAUACCUUUAUUUCAACUGGCAAUGGUCACAACAAAACUGAAUCUAAAAAGCAAGCAGCUAAAAAUGCUCUGAGGAUAGUAGCUCCUAAGAUAUUCAAAGAGGUGUUUCCUGGAGAACCACUUUAAGUAGCAACCUAGCCAAAACAACUUCAAAAGAUCAAUGAAGAAUAGAAAUUUUCAGAAAAAGCAGGUAAGUUAAAUGCUUCACAGAACUCUGAUACUCUCUCGCAGCCUACAAAGAUACUGACAAGAAAAUAAUCGAUGUCAAAGCACAGUAAUAUCCAACAGAAAGAGAGUAUGUUGGAAAAUAUUUCAGGUUAAAACAAAGAGACUAUCCUUAAAAAAUCAUCUACUCACAAAAUGAUUUAGUCUUAGCCUAAUUCGUUGAGGCAAAGCUACUCCUAUAGUUAAAAUGAUAUGAUAACUUAAACUAAUGCACGAAGAUCAAACCUAUCUUAGUUUUAACAAGUAGAGUGUGAAGAUGAGGAUGAUGAGAUAAAUAUAUAUGAUGAACUGUAGAUUUAAAAUUUGAAUCAUCAGAGAUUAGACAUCAUACUGGGAGAUAAGGACAUUCUAAAGUAUGAUUACUUGUUUAAGAAGUACUCUCCAUUUACUCUUCUAGAAAUAUUUUCCAAAAAGAAUGGUUAUUAAAUGGAUAAGCACAAGCAGAACAAUAAGUCAAGCAAUCCCGACUGCUAGAUCAAAUUUCUGAUUACUCUCUAGGAUAAAGCAACCAUGAAGAUAAGCUUUAGUGCAACAGAAACUGGCCCUAACAAGGAAACUUGCAAGAAUAGAACUGCCCUCACUAUUCUUCGUUAGAUAUUUUCCCCUAAUAAAAAAUGGUUAGAACUUGUAGAAGAGAUAAGCUAAACUGUUUAUGACGAUAGAUUAAAAAGGGGAGUGGGAGAAAAGCCAGUCCUAAGGAAGUACAUUCCUGAGACUAAUUAAUUGGUUGAAAGAAGAGAAAGGCCAAUUCACAAUCCUUUGGUCUAUGGUAGCUAGACUAAUAUGCCUAAACAAAAUAUCGUCGUAGGUGAAACCUAACUUAAUUAGUCAAAAGAUUAGCAAGAUCCAAUGUUUAUAGAUUUAACUGAUUGA